AUGCUGGUGGUUGUACCCCAGUCAAUGCUGCUACCGCUACCGGCAGCCAAAGCUUGCAACAGGAAACAUAGUAAAACCUUUGAUUUCACCUGUUUAAUAUGUCAAAAACAAGAAACCCGCAAGGACAAUUUUGCCAGCCACGUCUACAGACACACCAAGAACAAUGGCGGUUAUGCAAGGAUCAAGUAUCACCCAGAGGCAGAGAAUUACUUGAAGUCCAUCAAGAACGGCGAGCCUAUCGAGACGUUAGAGUGA